CUUAUUCUUUCUUCAUCGCAGCUUGCUUCUCCUCUUCUUAUCUGCUUCUACUUCUUUCGCUUUGAUAUUAUGCUUCUGCUUGUUGCGAGAGUCUUCACCGAUAUUAACUUGCUUCACCAAACACAACAUCAAUAAAGACAGUUUUGAACCAUGAAAGGAAGGCUGAAAUCACUUGGCGAGCAAGGCAGCUAUAUCUUUAACCAAAAUACGAGAAUUACUCAGUUGGGGAAAUUGGGUCAGAUCGAUGAAGCUGUCAAAGUUUUCUCACAAAUGACCCAGAAAAACACUGUUACAUACAAUUCCAUGAUUUCUGUUUAUGCUAAAUAUGGUAAACUGAACAGUGCACGGACUCUGUUUGACAAAAUGCCUUAUAGAAACUUGGUGUCAUGGAACUCAAUGAUUGCUGGGUAUUUGCACAAUGAAAAGCUGGAGGAAGCCUGCGAAUUGUUUGAUAAAAUGCCUAACCGAGACUCUUUUUCACUGACAUUGAUGAUCACUGGCUAUGCCCGAAAUGGGGAGCUUGAGAAGGCGAGAAUGCUAUUUGAUUUGCUUCCAGAUAAGCGAGACAGGGCUUGUUGGAAUGCGAUGAUUGUGGGUUAUGCAAAGAAUGGAAGGCUUGAUGAUGCAAGGAGCUUGUUUGAUGAAAUGCCCGUUAAGGAUAUAGUUUCGUGGAACUACAUGCUUUCUGGGUAUACACAGAAUGGAGCAAUGCGUCUGGGUAUGGAGUUUUUCGAGGGAAUGACAGAACGUAACGUAGUUUCUUGGAAUCUGAUGGUUGAUGGACUUUUAGCGGUGGGUGAUCUGGAUUUUGCGUGGGAGUACUUCAGGAAGAUUCCGAAUCCGAAUGUUGUUUCUUGGGUUACAAUGUUGUCUGGCUUUGCUCGACUUGGAAAGUUGGAGGCCAGGAGGGUGUUUGAUCAGAUGCCGAGUAGAAAUGUGGUAUCUUGGAAUGCAAUGAUUGCGGCUUACAUCCAGAAUAGCCAAAUGGAGGAGGCGUUUAAGCUGUUUGUGGAAAUGCCAGAUAGGGAUUCUGUUUCAUGGAGUUCAAUGAUUAGUGGGUAUGUUCGUGUUAAUGAGUUUGAUGAAGCAAGGAAACUGCUUAAUCAAAUGCCUUACAAGAGUGUUAUUGCCCAGACAGCAAUUAUCUCUGGCUAUGCUCAAAAUGGAAGAAUGGAUGAAGCUAGACAAAUUUUCAAUCAAGUUGACACACCUGACGUGGUCUGCUGGAAUACCAUGAUUGCAGGCUAUGCUCAGUGUGGGAAAAUGGAUGAAGCCAACUGUCUUUUUGAACAAAUGGUCAAUAAGGACAUGGUUACUUGGAACACCAUGAUAGCUGGUUUUGCUCAAAUUGGAGAAAUCAAUAGAGCACUUGAGAUUUUUGGGAAGAUGAAGGUGCGAAAUACUGUGUCAUGGAAUUCGUUGAUUAACGGGUUUCUGCAAAAUGGUUUCUAUUUGGAAGCACUGAAAAGUUUCGUAUUAAUGCGGCAAGAAGGGAUGAAACUUGAUGAGUCAACUUUUGUAUGCAUUUUGAGUGCCUGUGCCAAUUUGUCAGCUCUUCAAGUUGGGAAACAAGGUCACCAACUAGUAGUGAGGAGUGGGUAUGGAAAUAAUUUGUUUGUUGGAAAUGCUUUGAUCACCAUGUACGCAAAAUGUGGAAGGGUUGCAGACUCUCAGCUUAUAUUCAAUAGUAUCAAACAAGUUGAUGUCAUUUCGUGGAAUUCUUUGAUUUCUGGGUAUGCCAUAAAUGGCUGUGGGGAAGAGGCAUUAAAACUCUUUGAACAGAUGACAAAAGAAGGGGUGGUUCCUGAUGAGGUCAGCUUUCUUGGAGUUUUAUCAGCUUGUAGCCAUGUUGGCCUGGUUGAUCAAGGAUUAAAAUUGUUUAAACAGAUGAAUAAGUUGUAUGCUUUGGAACCUCUGGCUGAACAUUAUGCUUGUGUGGUUGAUAUGCUAGCUCGUGCCGGUUUGUUAAGUGAAGCCUUUGAAAUGGCGAAAGAAAUGAAGAUCAAAGGAAAUGCUGGAAUAUGGGGAGCAUUGCUCAGAGCUUCUCGAAUAUACCAGAAUCUACAGCUUGGAAGGUUUUCUGCUGAAAAGCUUCUAGAAUUUGAACCUCACAAAACUUCAAAUUAUGUGCUCUUGUCAAGUAUGCAUGCUGAAGCAGGCAAAUGGGAACAGGUAGAGAAAAUGAGGAUAUCAAUGGAAGAAAGUGGAGGAACAAAGCAACCUGGAUGCAGCUGGAUUGAACUUAAAAAUCAAGUACAUGCUUUUCUCUGUAGUGAACCUUCACAACUGGGAACUCAGAAUGUUUAUAGUGUGGUAAGAAAUUUAACUUCACAAAUCCGUACUGCUGAUGACAUUAAUAACACACAAACUUUACUUGAUGAUUUAUGAGCAGCAAUUUGACGUUGUACUGGGAAUAAUAGGUAAUCGCUUUCUUAGUUGUGGAUAUGUUAUUAGCAUGUUGUAUAUCAGGAAGGAUCCAGUUGUUCUGAACACGAUCCUGCAAUUGUAAAUUAAAAAGAGGGAGUUAUACACAUUCAUGUCACCUUCUUCCAGUAUUUUGUCUUCCAUAACCUUUUUAAGGCCUCUUGUAUAGAAUUACAAACAAGCAGACUUCAAAA